AUGACUGAUGAAAAAAAUUCACUCUACGGUGGAAGCCAAUCAAGUGAUGCUAAGUCAAUUGAUAUUUAUGAUGAAAAUUUACAUCUAGCUGAAAAGCAAAAAAAAAUUUUCCUUGCAAUUUGUGGAGUUUUUAUAAGUGAAUUAAAUGGAAAAGAAUUCGACGUUUAUAUGAACACAAAAACUUAUACGAAUGUCCCAAAAAAUGCCAAUAAUAUUAAAGAAUUUGGACAGAUAAAUUUCGAAAGUAAAGAUGAUUUUUCGGCAAGACUAUUCGAUCGUCUGCAAAAAACUACUCAUCCACAUCAAUUUGCUCGAAUUAGCUCUAUGUUAAAGAAAAUGUGUAGUAAAAUGACUAGUUAUUCAAUGACAAAUUCACCGACAAAACUUUUUUAUGAACUCAGUUUAGAACAACGCGCUGCCGCUGUUGCUAAAUGGAGUACUAGUCAAAAGGCAUCGAUUAGACAAUUUUAUAGAACCAUUUCUUAUGUGGCUCGCACUGCCUUCUGGUUAAAUCCUUAUGGCAUUUAUCCGGCAAUCGGUUAUCCAGGACCUGAUCCUGAAAAAAAUGGACCAAGAUUUAAAGGACGUACAUUCCCAGAAUAUGAAUUUAUUAAAAUUACGGAAGAUACAAAUGAUUUGGAAUUUGAUGUUGUUAUUAUCGGUUCUGGAGCAGGUGGAAGUGUGGCGGCUGCACGUAAUUCAGUGCUUGUUAUCGAAAAAGGCCAUCAUUAUCAUCAAAGUCAGUUGACCUUGAGAGAGAAAGAUGGUUAUGAAAAAUUAUACGAACUUGGAGGUGGAAUGCUUUCGGAAGAUAGUAGCAUGACCGUUCUUGCAGGAUCCAAUUUUGGUGGAGGUACCACCGUCAGUUGGUCCACUUCAGUUGAACCAAGUCAUUUUGUUCGCGAAGAAUGGGCCAAUGACUAUGGAUUGAUUCAUUUUAUGGAUGAUGAUUUCGUUGAUUCCAUAAAAAACAUCAAAAAUCGACUAGGUGUCAGUAGUAGCAAUGUUAUUCACAAUGAAAAUAAUAAGAUUCUUAUUGAGGGUUGCAAAAAACUUGGUGCACCUGUUGCCACUGUUUCGCAAAAUUCCGCAUCUAAACUACAUGAAUGUGGUUGGUGUGGCUUCGGUUGUCGAUAUGGUGAAAAACAAGGUGCCGCGAUGACCUAUUUAAAAGAUGCUAAAGAUUAUGAUGUUAAAUUUAUACAAGAUUGUUUUGUUAAAAGAGUUAUCAUUGAAAAUAAUAAGGCUGUUGGUGUUGAAGCCACCAUCAACAAUGGAGAUAAGAAAUUUAAAGUUAAUGCUAAGAAAGUUAUUGUUGCUUGCGGCGCUCUCCACAGCCCUGCUUUACUUUUACGAAGUGGACUUAAAGAUAAGAAUAUUGGCAAGAAUUUAUACACUAAUCCUAUGGCUGCCGUUUAUGGUAUAUUCCCUAAUAAAGAAGUUAAAGCUUAUUCUGGAACUAUCCAAAGUGCGGUAUGUGACGCCAAAGAAAAUGUCGACGGAGAAUACCAUGGCGUAAAAAUAGUCGUUGGAUCUUGUCAUCCUGCCAUGAUGUCUACAAGUUUCCCUUGGAAAUCUCCAUUACAACAUAAACAAUUUAUGCUUCAAUACAAUCAUAUUGUUCCGCUUCUUAUCAUAGCUCGUGACAGAGAUCCGGGUCAAAUUAAAAUUGACUCCAAAGGUCUUCCGAAAUUAGAUUAUAAAUUAAGUCCGCAUGAUGCUGAAAGUGUCAUCGCCGGAAUAUUGACAAGUCUCAAAAUCCUUGUCGCGGCUGGAGCAACUAAAAUUGGAACAUGUCAAACUGAGGUAGAAGAAUUUGAGAUCGUAGGUGAAAAUUCAUUGAAUGAUCCUAAGUUUUUACAAUACCUUGAGAAAGUUAAGAAAGUUGGGGUUUCUAAUGGACAAGCUUGCCUUGGAAGUAUAUAUCAAAUGGGAACUUGUCGAAUGGGAAGUGAUAAGGCUAAAUCCGUGGUAAAUCCUUUCGGAGAAACAUGGGAUGUAAAAAAUCUUUAUGUUGCAGACUCUAGUGUAUUUCCUACCUCGGCUGGUGCUAGUCCAAUGAUAACAACAAUGAGUAUAGGAUUCUAUGUUGCAAAUUGUAUCCUUUCUGAAAAAGAAUUUGUCAAGAAGAGGCAAAGUGCAAUGCUCGGAACUCCAAACAGUACGUUUACUGAUAAUACUAAUGCUGAUAAGAGAUCAUCAAGAAGAAGAUCAUUGCUUUCUUCUUUUGGUUCAAAACGGUUUUCCAUGUCCAAUUAA